AUGGAGACUUUACCUGGAGUUGCUCCUCCGGAGCAGCAAAACACAUAUUUCUACAUUGGGCAGCAUGAGACGAAGAGGACUGUGCCUGUGACCACCGAAUUGGGAAACCAGGCGCAAGAUGCUGGCGUGAGUACUUGUUUCCUCUUUGCGGACGUCUGGAGGCAACCCAUCACGUCUCCUGGAUUCCAAGCACGAGUUCUAGCAUCGGUGGACGCUUACUUCGAGGCCGUCUCGGCAUCCUCGGAUGCAAAUGCUGUUCCUUAUCCUCUCAUUGCACCCCUGACUCCCGAGGACACAAACCUGGUACCUGACGAAUACAUCUCUACCAUGAUCUGCUGUACGAGUGCCUGGAUUGAUCUUGCUUCUCCGGACCCGGUAGUCGCCCUUGUUUCUCGUCAGGUCUUCAACCAUGAAGUUGCUUAUGCUGCUUUCUGCGGUGUCAACAACAUCAUGAUCCAGGGACCUAACCUUGAGACGUCUUCUGUAAUUACCCAAUACGCUAGAGCUAUCUGGCACUCGCUGGAGGUCGGACCUUACAUCAACUUGCAAAUCUUGCUCCCUAUGCAACCUGCCGAGAGCAAGGCUGCUGAGGACGGACUGAGUCUGGCUGGUCGUGCAAGAGACUCGUUCAAGACCCUGAAGUCAAUUGCGACUGACGCACUCUGGUCGUGGGACACCUGGGACCUGAUCAGAUCGACCUGCAAGUACCAUCCAAGACUGACUGUCGCUCUCGAGAUCCCUCAAAAGCUGCCUUCUUCGGCCAUCCAAUCGCGCUGGUUCUCCGAGCCCCUCCGUACCUUGAUGAUCCCCGAGUCUGCAUUUGUGCACAACGCAAAGGGCUUCCCUGUCUUGAACAAACCCAUUCAAGCUCUACUCACACGCUAUAUGCGUCUCAAGACUGUCCCAUGGAUCAUUCUCAGCGACGUUGGUCCCAUCCCUGGUCAAGAUCACCCCGGCAUGCCCGUCAACCUCCCCGACAGAUCAGCUUCUCCCGACCUCCCCACUCCUGCUCAAUCUAAGCGCAAGCAGCAAACUCAAAAGCCCAAGGAUCUUACCCCGUACCUGAGCUAUAUGCGUCAUCUCCAGCGUACUCAACCUCCUCGCCCUAUCAUCGACCGCUUCGCCGCUGGAUACCAGGAUUUCCUGCAAUCGCCUCUACAGCCGCUCACCGACAAUCUCGAAUCCAUUACCUACGAGGUCUUUGAAAAAGACCCCAUCAAGUACGAAUGGUAUGAGCGCGCCGUUGCCGCCGCCUUGAAGGAUCUGCACAAGAAACUGCAACGUCCCAUCAUUGUCGCUGUCGUUGGAGCCGGCCGUGGUCCCCUGGUCACCCGUUGUUUGAAAGCCUCUGCCAGCACCGGUAUCCCCGUCAAGCAAUGGGCAGUAGANAAAAACCCCAACGCCUAUGUACUACUCCAACGCCGCAACACCACCGACCCCCUCUGGAACAAACGCGUCACCGUCGUAAAGACCGACAUGCGCGCCUGGAAAGGCCCCCUCAUCGACUCUUCACCCCAAAAAGUAGACAUCCUAGUCUCAGAACUGCUCGGUAGUUUCGCAGACAACGAAUUAAGUCCCGAAUGCCUCGAUGGCGUUCAACACGUUUUGGAUGCAGAGCAUGGAGUCAGUAUUCCCACUUCGUAUACCGCGCACUUUACACCCAUCGCCCACCCAAAGAUUUACGCGGAUCUGUUGGGCAGAAGUGGUGGUGACGAGGCGCAGAAAUGGGAAUUGCCGUAUGUGACCAUGUUGCACCAAUACGAUGACUUGUGUGUGCUUCCCGACUCCUCAACACCAGACAUCCAGACUGCUUGGGAGUUUGUGCAUCCCCUGCCUGAAUCCAUCAUUGCGCAAUCCAAUCUUCGCAGAGGUGGCAGUGUACAAGCUGGAGGUAGCGGUAUGGUCGGCGGCGAUGGUUGGAACGAACACAAUGCGCGCUUCUGCCGAUUGAGGUUUACCGCCUCUUCUCGUGGUGUGUGUCAUGGUUUGGGAGGUUACUUUGAAACCGUGCUGUACACACCUGCAGACGCGGCAAAGAAACCCAUCGAAUUGAGUAUCAACCCCAACACCAUGGAAGACAAGAGCAAAGACAUGAUUUCUUGGUUCCCCAUCUUCUUCCCGCUAAAGACACCCCUCACCAUCCCCACCGCCUCUGAAAUCGAAGUCUCCAUGUGGCGUCAAACCGACGACAGAAAAGUGUGGUACGAAUGGCAAGUCGAAGUAUUUGCUUUGCUGAAUGGAGUGCGUCAACGCGUCGCUGCUAGCGAUCUACACUCGUCGAUUAAGAAUGGGUGUUUGAUGUAG